CAUACAUUUAAGGAUUCGAUGAAUACUAUCACAGUUCAUGGAUUUUGUGACGCUUCUACGGUGGCCUACGCAGCAGCUGUGUAUUUGAGAGUAGUAAUGAAUGAUAGACAAAUACACACCGGGUUGAUAGCAGCAAAGGCAAGAGUCGCUCCAGUUAAACCAGUUUCUUUGCCAAGAUUGGAACUUUGUGGAGCUGUAAUUCUUUCUAGGCUACUUAAACAAGUUCAAGAAGCACUUAGAAUAUCUAACACUCAAAUUUUUGCAUGGACAGACUCAAAGAUAGUUAUGGCAUGGUUAACAGGUGACCCAGCUCGUUGGAAUGUUUUUGUAAGCAAUCGAGUAGUUGAGAUAAUAGAUAAUAUAGGGAAUAAAAAAUGGCAUCACGUAACAUCGGAAAAUAAUCCUGCUGAUAUAGCAAGCAGAGGAGAAAACUUACCUGAUCUUAUUAAAAAUAAAUUAUGGUGGAAUGGGCCAAAUUGGCUUCAGACUGAUGAUAUUCCCUUUGCAAAGGGUAAUCCAGAUUCAACGGACUUAGAAAGAAAGAAUACUAUCAUGCUAAAUUUAAAAAUUGAGGACACAAUUAAAAAUACUCUUAAAUUCGAAAUAUUUGAUUCUUUACAGGAAAUGCUACGAGUAAUAGUGUAUGUUUUAAGAUUUUUGAAUUACAAAAAGGGACAAAUUACAACUGAUAAAAGCAUUAAGGUAAUAGAAAUGGAAGAUGCAUUAAAAAGAAUAAUAAAAAUAGAACAAAGAAAGGAUUUUGCAGAAGAAAUAGAAAGGUUGAAGAAUAAAAGAAAUUUAAGCAAAAACAGCAAACUCCUUUCUCUGAAUCCAAUAUUAGAUGAUGCUCACAUUCUCAGGGUGGGCGGUAGAAUAAGACACGCAAACAUACCUUUAGAUUCAAAACACCCGAUGAUUCUUGGUUCCGAAAGCGAUUUGGUCACGUUAAUCAUCGCAGAUGCGCACAAGAAAACAUUGCAUGGGGGUUUGGAACUCACGUUAAACUAUUUAAGAGCUCGUUUUUGGAUUCUGAGGGUGAAGUCAACAGUCAAAAAAUAUAUACAUAAAUGUAUAAUAUGCGCUAAACUUAAAGCGAGUAGUAGUUGUCAACUUAUGGGAGACUUACCUAAAGCACGAGUCACUCCAGCACGACCCUUCAUAAAUUCUGGUGUUGACUUUGCAGGUCCCUAUGAUAUAUUAAUGACUAGAGCACGAGGUGUAAAAACUACAAAGGCAUAUAUUUCUAUUUUUGUAUGUAUGUGCACAAAGGCCAUACAUAUAGAAUUAGUAGGCGAUCUGUCCUCUCAAUCGUUUAUAGGUGCUUUCAGACGAUUUGUAGCACGACGAGGCAGGUGCACAGAUAUUUGGAGUGAUCAGGGAAGAAAUUUUGUUGGAGCUAACAAGGAAUUAGUAGAAGCAUGGUCACAGGCUGGUCUCAAUUUUAAGGACAACAUAGCAGACAUUCUAGCACAAGAGGGUACACAGUGGCAUUUUAUUCCUGCCUACAGUCCUAAUUUUGGAGGUCUUUGGGAGGCGGGAGUGAAAUCAAUGAAAUACCAUCUAAAGAGAUGACUACAAUUUUGUGUGAAAUUGAAGCUUGUUUAAAUUCACGUCCACUAUGUUCAAAGGCUAGUAAUGAUAUUGAUAAUGUAGAUGUGCUGACACCUGG